AUGACCCACGAGGGAAUCAUUGAAGCAUGGCGGAACCCACAACGCAACUCAAUCUACAAAAAGGCUCGCUUAGAGAUCAUCAAGAUCGGACGCUUAGCCAUCAAGUUUGGGAGCAUAACAGCCGAAGAGGCCUCCAAUCAAAUCCACGCCCACGAGCUACUCGACGUCGCCGUCUGCCGAGUACCUCGCGUCCACGAUUACUUCCACGUAGAUGGAGUAGACUACCUAGUAAUAGAAUAUGCCGAAGGCACGAAGAAGAAGGUCGUAGAUGACACGACCAUUGACAAGAUCGCAAACAUAGUCAAGCAUCUGCAUAGCUUCACAUCGGAGACUCCAGGGCCAGUCGUCAAAUCUGGUAUCUGCCGUGGACCUCUCUGGUCGCAAGAUGAACUCGUGUCGAUGAACACCAAGCAGGAUCUUACAACGUAUAUCAAUUCCCGGCUUCGAAAAGAUUCUCCUAGCUUCGUGCUUUCGGAAGACCUUUUGGUGUUUGUUCACGACUGGGAGUUUGCAGGCUACUUCCCAAGGUCCGCGGAGAUCGCUACGCUCUGUAUGGGAAUCGGCGAGGACCAGAGGGAUCUUUGUUUCAGCUAUAGUAUUGAACAGGCAAUCCUUCGCACCAAGCCCCUUGUGCAUUAUGAGGCCUUGGAGGUUCAAUUGUGGCAGUCAUUCGCCCUGAAUCAUGUUCGGUACUACUGGCCAGCUGAAGAAGAGAAGGCUUUCCUUCGAAACCGUCGCCAGGAGAACUUUGAAGAUCCAUAA